UUGAAAAGAAUAUUCUCAUAAUUUAACAAAAAAAAGUUAUUAAAAAUGUUUUUUUUAUUUUUACAGAUGCUUGCACUAUUUUCCAUCUUGCAAGAGGCUACAAUCGCACGGUGUGGACUGCCAGACGAUGAAUGACUGCGCUAUCACAUUGCCCACCGAAGACGACAAAUGGCUAAAUUUCCGGAAUAUAAAUCACAAGGAACGAGUGCCAUUCAUCGUCUACGCAGACCUCGAGUGUGUGUUACGGAAGACACAACAUGAUGCAGAGCAAGCGUCGUACACAUAUCAACAACAUGAAGUGUUCAGCAUCGGAUAUUACGUGCGAUGCUCGUAUAACGAUGCGUUAUCUACGUAUAAGUUUCGUCGCGAUAAAGAUUGUAUUGCAUGGUUUACCAAACAACUGGAAGAAUUGACGCAUAAUGUUAAGAUUCGUUUAUCCACUAAUGUCCCCAUGGAAACGUUAUCGAAAGAACAAUUGGAGGCAUACCGUAGUGCGACGUGAUGUCAUACCUGCGAUAAAUCGUUCACGUCGGACGAUACGCGGGUGCGCGAUCAUUGCCAUUUGACUGGUCGUUACCGUGGUCCCGCACAUUCUCUUUGUAAUCUAAAUUACCAAAAUGCAUCAUACAUACCGAUUAUUUUCUAUAAUUUAUCUGGAUACGAUUCACAUUUUAUUAUUAAGGAAAUAGCCACUGCGUUCAAAGAGAAGACUGACGUACUCCCCAUCACGAAAGAAAAGUACAUUUCUUUCACAAAACAUGUCGUAGAUACUGCUGAUAAAUUAGACCUACGUAAUUAUAUAAAACUACGGUUUAUUGAUUCAUAUAAAUUUUUAAAUACUAGUCUCGAAAAAUUGGCAUCAUUUCUAGG